UACUUCACAGACCGAGGCGGGACGCUGUGAAGUGACGUCCGGUUCCGAGGAGCGCGCGGACCCCAGACAAGUCAAGCCGGAGGCCUGUGGCGGCUUAGAACGCUCUUUUUUGUUCUGGGCGGCCCAGACGGCUUAGGUUUUGUCUGAGUGCUGAAGGGCGGGCGCGGGUUGCUGAGGGCGCAGUCGGCCGGCCGGGCGGCGGUCUCAGGAAGGCCCUGCGGCGGACCGGAACGCGCGGCCACCAACGGCCGGCUCUCCUCCUCCACCGGGACCGCCGCGUUUCGCUUCUCCUUUCCCAGCGCCGCUCCAUUCCCGACUCGAGCGGGUUCGUGCCUUGCGCGCGGGGCACCGUGGGCCUCCGGGCUCGCCCCACCCACCCACCAUCUUUCCUCCGGGCUCCGGGCUCUGGUUCCACUGUCUCUCCAUCUCCCUGUGCUACGUGUUUCUCACCGAUGUUCCCUGCUUCAGUGGUUUGAAGGCGAAAAAAUAGUUUUCAAAAAUGGAUGGGAUAUAUGCAGAGGCUAAUGAAGAGAAUGACAAUACACAGAGGCCUGUUAGAAGACAAUCAAUUUUGAAACCCCCUAGGAGUCCUCUUCAAGACCUCAAAUAUGGAAAUGAAACAGUCCAGGAAUCUAAUGCACCAAGAACCAGGAAAAGCUCUCGAAGAGUCAGCUUUGCAGAUACCAUAAAAGUAUUCCAAACAGCGUCUCAUACAAAAACAGAGAGAAAUUCAGAAAUUUCAGAAACAGAAGCCAGAAAAAAUGUGCUGACUCUACAGAAUAAGAAUUUAGAUGAUAAUUAUUGUGCAAUUACUGGUAUGAACACUUUGCUUUGUGCUCCAAUUCAGACUCAGAUGCAACAAAAAGAGCUUUCAAUUAUAGACUACAACCGUGAAAGGAAACAUGCAAAUGAUCAGACAGUCAUCUUUUCAGAUGAAAACCAGAUGGAUCUGACAGCAAGUCACACGGUGAUGAUUACCAAAGGUCUUUCAGAUUGUAACAAAAAGGAAAAUUCCACAAAAAUAGAUACCACAUCCUUUUUGGAGAAUUUAAAGCAUCAUGCUGCGAAUUCAAGAAUUAAAAAGGAUUUAGCAUGUCCCACAAUUUCCAUGAGUCAAAACACUUUCUCAGAAAAGAUAAAUUCUGACUUCAUAAAAAGAUUAAAAACAGGAAAAUAUAAUACUUUUCCUUCUACAGAGCUUGAUAAGGAAAAUGCUGAGAUACCUGUUUAUUCCAAUGACUCAGACAGUGCCUCUUCAACACAUCAAAUGCAUUCAUCUCUUAGUGUAAAUGAAAGCAGUAGUAAUAGGACUAGAAUCUUUAGAGAACAAGAUGAUGGGAUGAAUUUGACCCAGUGUCAUACAGCCUGUAUUCAGACUUGGAUUCCUCCAUGCAGGGAGGCCAACCUAGGAGAAAUCAAAGGUGAUAAUACAAUUUAUGGCAGUGAGUGUAUGGAGUUGACAAAUAACUAUACAAUACAGGUAUUGUCAUCAGAAAAUACUUUAUCUGAAAGAGAAACACAAACUCAAAAUGGUAUGAAUGUUACAACAGUUGAUAGAACUACAGCUCCAGAAAAGAAAACAGCCCUUAAGGAUAAACUAAAUGCUGCUUUCCAAGGCUCCUUCCCAAACCCUGAAAAUAAAAUUUGUAUUACCAAAUGUCAUCCUAUAGAGUCAGAAACUCAAACAGUCACAAAGAUUUCUAAUCAAAAGGCCAGCACAUUGGCUAUAACCUCGGAAUCUAUAUGUUUUAGUCCAGCUGUUCAAGAGUAUAAGACAAUUUUUUAUUCUAGUAGCAAUGAUGCAAUGGAACUGACUAAGUGUCUAUCUAGUAUGCAAGAGGAAAAAAAAUUGCUGAAGACUGAUAAUAAGUAUUCUAAAACAUGUACCAAUCCAGAUGCUGGCCUACUAAGGGAGAAAACUAUUUAUUCAGAAGAGGAUAGUAUGGAUAUUACCAAAAGUCACACAGUUGCAAUAGAUAAUAAGAUAUUUAAACAUGAUCAAGAAAACAUUAAAAAAGAAAUAACAGCUAUACCAAUAUUUGAAAAGGAAAUGAUGCUCAAAAAUCUUAUAACUAUGUCAAAAGAUGAGAAAAUGAAUGUAAAUUAUAUUACAGUUCCUCAAGUAUCUAAGGAAAGAUUACAACAGAGUCAGACAAAUGCUUCAUCUGUUUCAUUGGCUGACAAAAGGAUGGAAUUCUUAGCAGGUGAAGAUAUGGAUUUGACUAAAAGUCACACAACUAAGUUAAGUCAAGUUAUUCCUACAACUUUUGACUUAGCAUCAAAGAAUGUCACCAAAUCUUACUGUUACAGCAAAAGCCCUUCAAAUGAGUGGGAAAGCUUAGAUAAGCAAGUAGUGAUAGGCCAGCAUUCUAAACUUCCUUUACCACAGAGGAAAGAUUCAGAUGAUAAUGACUGUUCUUAUAAUAAGACAAUGUAUUCAGAGGAGGUACAAACUAUGGAUCUAACCAAGAGCCACACUAUUGUAAUUGGGUUUGGUCCUUCUGAAGUACAAGAACAUAGUAAAAUUAAUUUAGAACAGAGAGACAGCCAACUUACAGCAGAAAGCAGACAAACAGUUGUGAACAUUCCUGGAGGAAACUCAAGAGUAGUAACAACUAAUGAUAUGGACAUGUUAAAGGACAGAAAUAUACAUAAGCCAGAAUUGCUGAAGGAGAAACAAAAUGUCAAACUUUAUGGAAGAAAAAGUACUGGUAGGCUGAAAAUUGAUAAAACUAUAUUAUUUUCAGAAGGUAAUGAUGAUGAUAUGGAUAUCACUAAGGGUUGCACAGUUAAAAUAAACCAUAGAUCUUUAUUAGAUAAAUAUGAUUCUCAUUUAGUAUCUUUGGGAGGAACUUCUAAAACCAUUUUGUAUGCACAUGGACAGGAUGAAAUGGAAAUCAAUAGAAAUCACACAACUCCUUUAGAAUGUAAAAUUAUUUCACCCAGUAAUAUAACUUCUGGUGGUCUAGAUAAGACUGUGAUGUCUAUAGAUGAUCAUGAACUAGAAAUGACAAAGUCCCAUACUGUUUUCAUUGACUACCAAGCAGAGGCGAAAGGUGUCCUUCCAGACAGACUUGAAUUUCAGUUAUCCAAAAAGGAAAGCUUACAGAAGCCACAAGAGAUGUCUACUGCUGAAGAGAUUGUUUCCAUCUCAAAAACCAGUGAAAGCAACCAACUACCAGUAAAAGGCAGCCAGCUAACAAUAUUAGAGGAAGGAUCUAAUAGUGGAGCUGGAGAAGAAACUAAUGAUGCACAAAAGCCUGGAUUUCUGAAUGAACUGUCAGACAAAACUCAGAGAAGAAAAAGCCUUAGACUCAAAGACAAGACUACAUUUCCAGAGAAUGAUAAAAGUAAUAGAGAUAUCACUCAGAGUUCUGUGGUAGAAACAAAUAAUGAAACUAGGCUGGAAGAUAGAAAGGAUUUCAGUUUCGUGCCAUUGGCAGAAACUUCCAAACCAGUUUUGUCUGCACAUAUGCCCGAGGACAUGGAGCUCUCUAAAAGUCAAACCACUGCUUCAGAAUAUAAACCUGUUGCACCAGAUGAAAUAACUACUAUACCUAUGGAUAAAACUGUAAUGUUUGUGGAUAAUCUCGGUAAUCUGGAUGUCACCAAGUCCCAUAAGGUUUUCAUCGAUUGUCAAACCAAAGAGAAAGUACUUCAUGAAUAUACUAACUUGGGAAUACCAAAAACAAAAAACUGGAGUGUUUCUGAAGGUGAUACCUGUAUUCAAGAAAUCACCAAAAAGCCAGUAGCUGCGCACAAACACCAUAUGACAACUAUCAUUCCUUCUAAUACAUUAUUUAGUGAUCAAAGUUCAAUGAAAACCAAGUUUUUUAAAGCUGAUAUAGAUGAGGAGGUCAAAGGAAAGGAAAUGGAGGUCAAUACGUUGAAACAAACUAAACUUGAAAGCUGUCUGUCAAAUAUAACAGAUGGAAAAAAUGUGGAUUUUACAAGCAGUUAUACAGCUGAUGGUUUUAGAUCAUGUGACAAGAAUUCUUCUUUACCAAAUGUUAUUUCUUCUCAUAAUUUGGAUGGUAAUACUAAAAAUAAGAAGAAAGCUUAUAAUUGCCAAAUGCCAAAUGAGUUUGCUUAUGCAGAUAUUUUACCAAGUACAUAUCACAUGGAUUCUGAAAAACUGUCUGUCUUUGCACCUUGUCCUUCAAAAGAAGUUACUCAAAGUGCCAUAGCACUGCUUAAAGGUCAAGAUGUCAUAGAAGAGCCUCUUGGGGAGAUGGCUAAAUUUAACUCGAAGCAUGUGGCUCUUAAACUUGCAAAGGAUCGAAUGGAGGAGGUCUUUGUUGAUGUUAGUGUUGCUUCUCAGCCUCAUCUCUCAGCCCAACAACCUCCAUCAACUCAGAAAGAGCAGGACACUCCCCAUCAGGGUGAAGAAAUAUUAUCUAAUGCUGGGAAGAAGACUUUACCUUUUCUUAUAGGAAAUGUAUCUGCACCUCCAUGUGAUAAUGAACCCAAAAUGCCUACUAAUGAGGAACACUUUGCUGUAACCUAUAAAAAAGAACUGAACAAAAGUAUUGAAACAGAUAAAUGUAAUACAAAUGUGCGUAGCCCUAGUAACUCAGCCCUGACAGCACAAGUCAUUGAAACACAUGCCAAUGCUGAAGAAGUACUAGAGUCUAUAGUUCCAUCUAAUGUUUCAUGUUUUAGUAGUGCCAAACCAAGUCUGAGUAAUUUGAAUAGAAAAGCUGUGGAGGUUUUAGACUUUCAGACUGUUCAUUUAUUACCUCCUGCAGAACAGUUACUUGAAAAAGGAAGUCAGGCACAUAGUAUGAGUACAGUACAAGCUACAGAAAUAUGUAGCCUAGGUUCCAGUAAUGAUAGAGAUGAAGAAAGUAAAACUUUCUGUAAUGAGGCUGAAACUACAUCUGUACCACUAAAAGCAGCUAUUAAAGACAAAACGAGAAGAUGUUCAUUAGGAAUAUUUUUACCCAAAUUACCAAACAAAAGAAGUUGUAGUAUCACUGCUGUUGAUGACCUGGAGCAGAUUCUAGCAGAUGCAACUGACUUAACUCACCUAGAAACUCAGCCAGUCUGUAGUAAAGAUUCAGGUAUUGGAUCUGUUGCCAAACUGAACUCAAGUCUAUCUCAGUGUAUAAGUGAGGAAACUCUCCCUAUAUAUCCUAGUGAAAUACUUUCAUCAGAUUCUGUUAGCCUGGACAUUGAGGAAAGUUCUCCGAUUGACACAUCUCAUAAAGAGAUUUUGCCAUCUGAAAACAAAACAGAAACCUGCAGUUCCCAAAAAAGAACCUGGGUUCAAGAAGAUGAUGCUACAAAUGAGAAAAAAAUCAGACUGUAUGAGCAUGUACAAGAUCAAGAGAUUAUGGAUAAUCAUACUGAAGAGGAUAUCAAUAAAAAUGUCAACAGUGUAUUGCUGAAAAGCUUGAGCAGGACCCCUUCUAGUUGCAGCAGCUCUCUAGAUUCAAUCAAAUCUGAUGGACUCUCUAUGGAUGUCAGCACACAGCAUAAUAGCCAAAUGGAGUCACAGUUUCUUGGUGACACUAUCUGUGAAGAGACUUUGAGGGAGAAACUCAAGGAUGGACAAAUUACAAUAAAGGAGUUCUUCAUACUUCUUCAGGUCCACAUCUUAAUACAGAAACCUAGGCAGAGCACUCUCUCAGCCAAAUGUACUGUAAACACAUUACCUACUACAGAAGAUCUGAUGUUGAGACAAUAUGUUUAUGGACCCAAGAUACAGAUUUACAAAGAAGAUUGUGAGCUUCUUCAACAAAAGAUUGAAGAAUUAAAGGUAUCUGUAUUGAAUCAAGAUAAACUAUUGGCGGAUGUAAAUAGAAACUUGUGGGAAAAAGUGAAAGACUACUCUGAUGAAGAGCUGAAGAACUAUGGAAUUUACCUUAACAAAAUAAAAUCACGUUAUACCAAGAUGACAAAAGUCUUCACUCACCAAGGAAAAGUGGCUCUGUAUGGCAAAUUGGUGCAUUCAGCUGAGAAUGAGAAGAAGAAACUUCAGAUAAAACUAAAUGAGCUGGCCACCAUCCUCAGGCAGCUCAGUGACUGUCUCGCUGAUGUGGAAGCAGAAACUAAGAAUUUGGAGAACGAAGAGAAAAAUGCUGCCAUGGAAGAAUGGGAUUCAGAAAUAAGAAAUGCAGAGAAAGAACUGGAACAGCUGAAAACUGAAGAAGAGGAGCUUCAAAGAAAGAUCUUAGAAGUAGAGACACAGAAAACUCAGACCCUUGCUCAGAUAGAAUUUAUAAAAGAACAAACAACUAAAACUGAAGAAUUACUGGAUCAAUUGAGUUUGUCAGAGUGGGAUAUCGUUGAGUGGAGUGAUGAUCAAGCUGUAUUUACCUUUGUUUAUAAGACAAUAAGACUCAUCAUCACCUUUGGAGAUCCACUAGUUGGUCUCCCUUUCUUGGACAAGGCUAACAGGAAGAUUAAUGAGCUCAGUUUUCAGUCUCUAUUAGAUGAAGAUAAAGCUUCUCCUUCCUCCCUCUUAGUUCAUAAGCUUAUUUUUCAGUACAUUGAGGAACAGGAGUCCUGGAAGAAGAAGUGCACAUCACAGCACCAGGUACCCCAGAUGCUUCAAGAACUCUCACUGGUAGUGAACCAUUGUAGGCUUCUUGGAGAAGAGAUUGAAUUUUUAAAGCGAUGGGGGCCAAAUUAUAGCCUAAUGCAUGUAAAUGUGAAUAAUACUGAAUUGAAGCUUUUAUUCUCCAGUUCUGCAGCAUUUGCAAAGUUUGAGAUAACUUUGUCUCUCUCAGCCCAUUAUCCCUUGGUCCCAGUACCGUUCACCAUUCAAAAUUACCUGGGGAAAACUGGCCAUGAUGAAAUUGCUGCCGUUAUCUCUAAAGUGCCCUUAGAAGAAAACUACCUGAAGAAUGUAGUCAAGCAGAUUUACCAAGAUCUACUUAAGGACUGAGUCUUUUGUUGUAAGACCCACAGAUCACAGCUAUAGCAACCAAGGGAAAAAAUCCAUUUUCCCGGGCAUAGAGGUGAACUCUUGUAAUCUCAGGAUUCCAGUGAGGGAAGAUCUGGAAGAUCUGAGACCUGGUUGAAAAACAAUACUUAAAUGAUAUAUCAGGGUCAAUAUUGAUAUUUAUCCUUUGUCUUAACAUCAUAUAAAACUAGCAAAAUUCCUCCUGAUGAUGUCAUAGUUAAUUUGUAUUAUUAGUUUUAGAUUACAUAUUUGAAAAUGAUGAGGUCUCAAAUAGCAUGUUACCUACUUGCUAUUAUCCUUAUACCCAAGAUUAAAUGAUCAGACAUGUGAAAAACUUCCCCUAAAGUAGCUUGUUGAUACAACACUUAUCUUAUGUGCAUAAAUCCUUAUGUCUAAUACCACAAAAAAACCAAUAUUUUAAAAAAGUCUAAAGUUGUGCUCUUGCCUUAAUUCAAGCUCUAAGGGGCAGCAUUUAUGAGGAAGUUGGACACAAGGAUUAAUCAUUUCCUCUUAUCUAGAGCUGUGUGUCUAUGGCUUUGGCCUAGCAGAUAAGUCUAGAGUAGAAACAUUUCUAUCAGCUUCUGGUACCUAUGGCCGCAGAUACUCAGAAGACUGAAAAAGGAAGACCACGUGGUCUCAUGACUUCAAUACCAGCAUGAUAAACAAUCCACAAACUGUUUAUCCUUCUCCAUUUCAGAAAUGCUGUUAAAAAAUAACAACACUCAGCUAUUGGAAUGGUUGACGUCUUUGCUUGAGAGUCUUGGUAUUUUCUUUACAAUGUUUAUCAAUGUUUUCUCUUUCUAAUAUAUUCUCUCCAUUUCUAAUGUGUACUCUUUCUAGGAAAAGUUUAUUCAUUUUAGCUUGAUAUAUUAUGUAAAUAUAUGAAUGUUUUUGUAUUUGUGCUGUAUGUGGUAAUGAAAUAGUAUUCUUUUAGUGUAGGUUAUUUCCUUCUCUAUAAAGAAUGCUUUACAGCAAGAUUUUCAGUCUUUUUUUUUUAAUAGUGAAAUUUAAACAAUAUCCCAUUCUAACACUAGUUCUCACAAUUAUUAAAAAUUAUUGCUUUCUGAAACCACAUUUUUCUCAUAUAAAAGAACAAUAUAUAGAUUGUUUAAUAAAUUAACAGUAUUGUCUCUGAGGUAGACAACUGUGAAAGGACUUCCCCCCCAUAUGCUAGUCAAAUCCUAAUCAUGGUAACUUUUGUUUCCUUUAUAUUUAAUUUUAAACUGUGUUUACAUUUUGAAAUUUAUCUUAAAUUUUAAAUUUUUAUACCAUGGUAAAGUCCUUUUAGUCCCACAAAUAUUUUUAUCUUAUUUUUUGCUAGUUUUUACUUAUGGUCUAUUCAUCAAAAGGUUGCACACUCUUAUGGCUUUCAAAAGUCAACACAAAACUCUUUGGACUUAAAAAUUAAGCAAAGAUAACUGUAAAAAACUUGUUUUUUUUUUU